GCUUCCUGCGGCUUCCCGUAGUCCCACUGGGUCUCGCGAGACCGAGGCAGAAGGCCUCCGAGAGCGCUUCCGGGAGGUUACCGUGGCGGCUUCGGCCUGCGGGAGUCGGACCCUGGCGGGCUCGACAUGGAUCGCGACUUGCUGCGGCAGUCGCUGGGCUGCCACGGCCCGGCGCUGCUGUCGCUGCUGCGGAGCGAGCAGCAGGACAACCCGCACUUCCGGAGCCUGCUGGGCACGGCGGCCGAGCCAGCCCGCGGCGCGGCGGCGCCUCAGGGAGCCGGCAGGAAAGAGAAGAGAGUUGACAACAUUGAAAUACAAAAAUUCAUCUCCAGAAAAGCAGAUCUGCUUUUUGCACUGUCUUGGAAAUCAGAUGCGCCUACACCCUCUGAAGUCCAUGACGACAAUGACAAUCAUUAUGCGGUCAUGCCACCUUUAGAGCAAUUCAUGGAGAUCCCAAGCAUGGACCGGCGAGAACUGUUUUUCCGAGAUAUUGAACGUGGUGAUAUAGUGAUUGGAAGAAUCAGCUCUAUUCGGGAAUUUGGUUUUUUCAUGGUGUUGAUCUGUUUAGGAAGUGGCAUCAUGAGAGACAUAUCUCACUUAGAAAUCACAGCUCUUUGUCCCUUAAGAGAUGUGCCUUCUCACAGUAACCAUGGAGAUCCUUUAUCUUAUUACCAAACUGGUGACAUAAUUCGAGCUGGAAUCAAGGAUAUUGACAGAUAUCAUGAAAAGCUUGCAGUAUCUCUGUAUAGCUCAUCUCUUCCACCACACCUAUCUGGCAUUAAACUAGGUGUGAUUACUUCUGAAGAUCUACCUUUGUACUACAGGAGGAGUGUUGAACUAAAUAGUAAUUCUUUGGAGUCCUACGAAAACAUCAUGCAAAGUUCUCUGGGAUUUGUUAAUCCAGGAGUAGUUGAAUUCCUUCUAGAGAAACUAGGAAUAGAUGAGUCUCAUCCACCAUCUUUAAUGAGAGGCCUACAAAGCAAAAAUUUCUCUGAGGAUGAUUUUGCUUUGGCUUUGAGAAAGAAGCAGUCAGCAUCGUGGGCUUUGAAAUGUGUGAAGAUUGGGGUCGAUUAUUUUAAGGUUGGGCGACACGUGGAUGCUAUGAAUGAAUACAAUAAAGCUCUGGAAAUAGACAAACAAAAUGUGGAAGCUCUGGUAGCCCGAGGAGCACUAUAUGCAACAAAAGGAAGUUUGAACAAAGCAAUAGAAGAUUUUGAGCUAGCAUUAGAAAACUGCCCAACUCACAGGAAUGCAAGAAAAUACCUCUGUCAGACACUUGUCGAAAGGGGAGGGCAGUUAGAAGAAGAAGAAAAGUUUUUAAAUGCUGAAAGUUACUAUAAGAAAGCUUUGGCUUUGGAUGAGACUUUUAAAGACGCAGAGGAUGCUUUGCAGAAACUUCAUAAAUAUAUGCAGAAAUCUUUGGAAUUAAGAGAAAAACAAGCUGAAAAGGAAGAAAAGCAGAAAACAAAGAAAAUAGAAACAAGUGCAGAAAAGUUGCGUAAGCUCUUAAAAGAGGAGAAAAGGCUAAAGAAGAAAAGAAGAAAAUCAUCAUCUUCCUCUUCAAGUGUUUCUUCUGCUGAUGAAUCCAUUUCUUCUUCCUCAACUUCUUCCUCUUCUAGUCACAAACGGCAUAAGAAAAGUAAGAGGAAUCGUUCAGAGUCUUCUCGAAGUUCAAAGAGGCACUGGUCUAAGACAUCCUCCAGUCACAUAGAUCAGAAUAGGAAAGAUGAUUGCUACCCAGUUCCAACUAAUACUUCAGCGUCUUUCCUUAAUCAAAAACAAGAAAUGGAGAAACUGCUGGAAAAGCAGGAUAGGUUACAAUGUCCAAACACACAGGUAAAAGAGAAAGAGAGAUGCCUUCUCACGUCUUCAGUUGAAGUGCCAGAUGAUUUGGGAGGUAGGUCUGAAGACACAAGAGAUUCUUACAAUAACUAUAAAACCCAGGCAGGUAGUAGCAAAACUGAAAAGCCAUAUAAAUCAGAAAGAUAUUUCUCCAGUAGGAGAAAUUCCUCAGAUUCCUUCUAUAGAAAUUCAGAGGACAAGAUGAAAGCUUCUAAUUCUAGGAGAUUUGAAAAGGACACAGAAGGAAGAAAAGAUCACUCUAGGAGGUGGGAGCCAGGGUCUGUGAAGUACUCUACUUCACCAGCAAGUUCGGACUACUCUUGGAAGUCACUUGAAAAACAUAAAAAAUAUACUUCUUCUGGAUCACGUGACGGUAGACCUGAGCAGAGAUACCAGUUCAAUACAAAUCAGGGAGAGCAUGCAUAUGUAAAGGAGGACAGCUGUGGGGAGGGUAACAAAACCAGGGCUCCAGAAGACACACUAAAUAGCAAAGAGCAACCAGAAAGCAGAAUUAAGAAAAACUUACCUCAAAAUCUACUCAAUAUAUUUAAUCAGAUAGCUGAAUUUGAGAAAGAAAAAGGAAAUAAGCCAAGAAAGUGAUCUGCUUAGGAGAUUUUCACUAAAUUUUCAGAAGUCUGGGGAUGCUUUAAUCCUAAGAAACGGUUCUGGGUCUAAAGUUAUUUGUAACAGAUGACAAGUUUCUAGGUUUUGUUUCAGUUAUCCCCUUCAUCAUAGUGCUGCAGGUAUUUGCAGAUAAAGCUCUUACUCUGGCAACUUAAACUUUUCACCCCAAGAUAUUUCCUGAGCACUUUGUUUCUUCAUUGUAUUGUGGUUUGUGAGAACCCUGGGCCUAUCAUAUCUCACUGUUGGAGAGAAAUACGUUUACGCUAAACAGUUGGAUGUUUUAUCAAAAAAUACUCUCUUUUGUUUAAAAGCCAUUAGCUUUUGGGGGGAAAUAUUAUAUGGUUGAAUGUUUCUUAGGUACUGUUUUAUUUUAAGUCGUUUGUUUUAGGCAUUAAAUUUUUUGCACCGUUUCGUUUUUAAGUGAUAAAUUAUGACUUGGUUUACCUCUUAAUGCCUGAUGUAAAUGGUUUGUGAACAUUGUUUUCUUCCCAGCUUAACAAAAUACCUUAAGAAUAAUAAGACCAUGAAAGUUGGUUAAUCAGAGCCUCUUAUUUCCCCAUUAUUAUUUUUACUUAAUGGUUAUCAUCAUAAGAAAAUUUUUAGCUUUAAAUAUUGACAAAACCCUUAGGGAAUUCUAGACAAGACUAGAUGAGAAUAGAAAAUAAUUGUUAGUAAAAAUAGCAGCAGAGAAGCACCCUGUACAUCUGGAUUUUUCUGUCUUAAUAUUGCCAAUGCUUGGAAAGUCAGUAGGCAUGUUUCUAAAUAGGGGAGGACUGGCUUGGGGUUUACUCUUCUCUAUUACUUCCUCUUUAUUGAAGCCUUUCUCUGAAUCCUAGUGAAUGAUAGAAUAAAUUCCAGGCCUCUGAGAUAGCUCAGUAUGUAGAAGUACCAUCACAGCUGAUGGUCUGAGUUCAAUGCCAAGACCCCAAGGCAUAGGGAUAGAACUGACUCUCAAAGCGUGUCCUCUGACAGCCACAUACAAAUGCCGUAGCUACACAAACAGCUAAUGAAGGAAUCAUCUUGGACUUCCAAAGAACAUGUCUGAAUUACUAAAAAUUGAAUAGAGACUCUUGGAGACAUUAGUAGGUAUCGUAGCUGUUGCACUUACAAGGCUCUUCAUUUAGGAUUCUAGAAAGUGUAAAUGGCAAUGAGCUUUUAAUCUCUUGUUGGUCAUUAAGCAGACACCUGCAGACGUACGUGAGGGAAAUAGGGAGUGGCAUAAAAAGAUUCAUUGCAUGUUUGUUUAUAACAGUAAAACACUGAAGUUUUAGUAAUGCUACGUACUAUUCCAAAUUAAAGUGAUAGAAAAAUACUUUAAAAACAGUACAGUAGGAAAAGAAACCUUAAUUAAGAACAGUAAAUAACAGCAGCAGAAAUUGGAUAAUCACUUCAGUAUUAGUUUUUGUACCAAGGAACUCAAUAUAUUAUUAUUAUUAUUAAUUAUUAUUAUAGGAACGGAGGUGGGGGAAGAACAGUGAGCAUCUGUGCCACAUUUAUGGAGAUUGGAGGACAACUUGAGGGAAUCAAUUCUCUUCUACCUUAUGGAUCCCAGGAAUCAAACUUGGGUCAUUGGGCUUGACAGCACAUACCUCUGUCCACUGAGCCAUUAUGCCAGGCCAGCACCAAGGAACUCUUAAGAGUGCUGUAUGUGUUAAUAGUUCCAGUCUUACCUCUCUGCACACCGCGUGAUCAUUGAGAAUCCCUAAUAUACCUUAUAUCUCAACUAUAUCAUCUUACUUUACCUUAGGAAAGUGCCUGUGGGGUAGGCUACCAGAAUUUGGAAAUUACAGCCUUCUUAAUAGGAUUACAUAGGAAAGGACAUGCUAAUUUAAACAGUCUACACUAAUCUAAGCAUCUAGUUCCUUGGGAUAUUUAAGGAGUCAUCAGAGGAAAAAAUAUCAGAGGUUUUAAUUGAUCCUCACUGAUGUCUUCACUUGUUUCUUUCACAUUAAUAUGUACCCUGGCUAGCUUUGUCUUGGUUUCCAUGAGGAGAACUGUGACUUCUGGAUGUUAAGAUAACUCCAGAUCUGCAAACAGAGGGGUUCGUCCUUUGUCUUGCCAUUUAGCGUUAUUACAUACAGUUAGUGUAGUGAUUAAAUGUAAACUUGGAUGCUGGCCAUUCCAGACUAAGGUCUAGUAGUGACUCCAUAGGUAGAAGUUAACUACUUAUAGUACUAUUACUAUGCUUCAAAGCCAGUUUGUUUUGCUUAUGUUACUUCAAUAAGCCUGUAAUAGUUAAUCCCUGUGUAACAAGAAGAAAAAGCAUAGGAAAGUAAGCCUCCUAAUAAACAAAACCCCUGCCUUCGUAGAACACAAAGUUUAAUAUUUAAGUUCCAAAUAACUUACAAAUUAAUAAGUGACUGAGAAUUACAUUAGUAAGCAAAAUGAUAGGAUUAAUCAGUUUUAGAUCUUAAACAUCAUGCAUUUUGGCAGCAUUUAAAGUUAAAAGUGCUCACAGUUUUCUUUGCCAUUUUAGUUAUUAGAUUUAACUAUGCCUUUCUGUUUCUGAAUUAAAAAAGGAUUAUGAGUAGAAACAGAUCUACCACUACUGCUUUUUCAGAAGUACCUGAGUAGUAGUUCUAAGACAAUCACUGUUGUAAGGUUUAAAGGAGAAGUUCCUUUAUAUACCUGAAUGCUAAUAUAUUUAAAAUCUAGCUUUAUAGUAGUAUUUCACACUCUAGUCCAAAAAGUUCAAAGUGCUGGACUUAAAGUAUUAGCUGGAAAAACUAAUUUUAAAUAUAGUAUACAAUAUCUACCUCCAUUGUAAAUUUAGUAUGUUCAAUUUUUGCAAGGUCAGAGUACACAGUCUUAGCAACUUAAGUUGUACUUUAUUUAUGCACAUAUAGAGAUAAAAGUAUAUGUGUACACACCCAUAUAUACACAUACAGUGUUUUUCUUACCAAGGGAAAGAUAAUUAUACUAUCUUUUUGUUACAAAUUAUAACCCAAAAAAAAAGGCCUUUAACAGGUGUGUGUCAGCCUCGGAAAAGAAUUGAGGGAAUAUAGUUGCUUACUUUUUGUUUUUAAUUUUAAAAGGUAAUUUUGUGCUCUGGAGUAAAUGAAAAUUUCCUUAUUAAGACAUGCGGUGAACCUUUAGAAGUGUAUUACUAAGAGAACCUUUUCUAAUCUAAGUGAUUGCAUAAGACAUCUAACACUACAGACAUCAGUGUUCUUGCCCUACAACCCCCCCCAUGCUUUAUCACACAUGACCUGGCUACCAUUCUGCAUUUCCUUCUCUAUGAAUAAACACUAGGGAAAGGCAAAACCAACUGCCUUUAUUCUUUUCUCAAUAGCUGUUUUAGCCACUAUGCAGAACUUUGCGGCACUUCCAAUAAUAUUUUAGUAGGACUGUAUGUAUCAUUAAUAAAUGGAACCCCAGAAAAAGGGAGACUUAACCAUUAAUGAGAUUUUCAUUUGUGUUCAAAAUUUGUACAAGAAAUUUUAAAGAAUGUUUAUUUGCUGGGCUUUUUUCCCUGAGGAGUACUCGAAUUACUGCCAUUGCUAGCUGACCUAGAACUAUUGCUUCCUGUCGGAGACCCAGGGAAGCUGAGCUGUAAUACUUUAACUGAAGCAGGAGAAGCAGGAGAAGCAGGAGAACCUGGGCUCUCAGGUGACCUAGAACAAGAAAGGAUUUACUAUAAACAUAAUGCAAAAUGUACUUAAAUAGACCUUAUUGGCAAAAAAAUCAUAAUUCCAUGAGUAAAGAACAAGGAAAACCAUUAGUGAUAAUAAAAUUUUAAAGUAUGACCAAUUCUUUCAAAAGAAGUACUUCAAUAAUUGUUUCUGUGAGCAAAUUAUUUUCAACUGUAAUCAGUUUCUUAGAAUUGGAAGCAAUAGUUUGUAAAAUGGCAAAAAAAAAAAAAAAAAAAAGGAGCAAGUACUUGAAAAGUAAAAAAGUACAAGAAAUUUAAUAUGUAAUAGUAAAUAUAUUGAGUGGCUUAAAAUACUUAUGUAGAAGCACGCUUUUUAAACUUAAAACACUGUCUUUGAGGAUCCCUUUCUUAUUAAUAUUUUCUGAGAGUUUCACAGACUAAUAAAAACUAGUAAAUAGCUGUCAGCUGUAGAAAUCUUAAAGUCAGCGUCAUCAUUAAUAAAUCUGUCAACAGAGACUUCGUGGCCAUGACUUAUCCCCACUGAUAGGUUUCUGGGUUGCAUUAAGCUAAGUAAGACACCGUAAAUAGAAGCUGGUUACAUAGAAUUUCAAAGAAACAGCUGUAAUUACAAACCUCUGUACAUCUGACUUACCCUUUUACAGUUAAAAAGAUUUAAAUUUUUCCAGAGUUGGAGUUCACCCAAAAUGUUAGCUGUAUCACCUCAGUUUUCACCCAACUCGUACCCCUAAAAUAGCAUUCUAGUUAGAAUGCAUGUGGCUGCAGGGGUCUUGCUGUACUGUGCUUGCAUAGUGAGGUUACUGAAGGUGAGGAGAGUGGGUAGUGUGCUGGCCAGCAGCAUCUGCAAGAGUUGAGGGCCCGCUUUCUAACCUUGCCCUUACCUGACUGAUAACUGUGAAGACUGUGAAGAAGAUCUGGAGCUCGGGCCUUUCACUGUAGGUAGUUCUAACCCAUUCUGGAAGAACAUUUGAAUCAUUAGUCCUGCCACAGUUUAAAAGAAAACUAAUUAGAUACACAGACAUACUAUAUUAUACUCUUACCUGCUCAAAAUAUGUUUGAAGAAUGAUAUGCAUUUCAGCAUUUUCCAUGAUAUUCACUAACAUUUGGUCAAUGUCCCUGUGAAACUGUUUAAUCUCACGGAGUUGAAUGUCUUGUUCUUCCAGUGUUUCUUCAUUUGUUUCUUUCAAAAUACGGAUUUCUCUCCUGAGUCUGCCACACUGUUAAUAACAACAGCCAGAAUAUUACAUAAACCUCCUUUCCACCAGGUUCAGGAAAUGGGGUUUGAGUGCAUUUGGUCCAUGACAGUGAAUGCUAGGGCCAGCUCUAAGAAACUGUCAGCACCUGCUUAGUCACGCGCUCCAUUUUCGGCUGCUGCUCCUCAGUCUCUUUGCGGAGUUGAAGUGAGUAAGUUUGUUUCUCUGCUAAUUUCUCUUUCACAUUAUUUGUUAAGUGUUCUAUAACUUCAAAAGUGUUUUCCAUGCUCUGUAGAAAAUAAAAUAGCACCAUAUUCAUGGUCAGAAUAAAAAAAUGACUUGCCAAUUGCCAGCUGUUCCCUCAAUUUGAAUUAUUUUGUUUGCUUAUAUAUGUACUAUGUUUACUGUAUUAGUAUAUAAGAAGUAGAAUGAUGCUGUGAGGUAGUUUUGAAUGUAAUUCCACUGGGAACUUUAUAGCAUUGGAAAAAAUAGAAGGUUACUUGAAAUUAUCCAGCUUUUAAAGAUUCACAAUUUGUGUCAUCUAUGCCCUUAGUUAUAGAGCAUACAUGACAAAGGAUGCUCUUGUCUUUCUGGGGUUUGCUGUAGUGUCUACUUAGCCUAGAUCUUCUGUUUUAAACCUUGUGUUUACAAUCUUAAUGUGCUCCUUAAGGAAUUCAGUGAGGCCACUGAGUAAUGGUUGGUGGAGAAGUCUUAACUGUCCAGCUGUGGUUGAUAACUAAUAAAGUUAUUGGUGCCUAGCAACAGGA